GUAGGACUGCAGAAAAACCACAAGUCCCGUGUGCCCCCGCUUUGGUUGGGCGAUCCAGCGCUGUGAAGAUGGCGGCUCCUUUGGUGUUAGUGGUGCUGGUGGCCGUGACUAUGAGGGCUAUUCUGUUCCGCUCCAGUCUGGCUGAGUUUAUCUCAGAGCGGGUGGAAGUGGUUUCGCCGUUGAACUCAUGGAAAAGAGUGGUGGAAGGUAUGGCCUUGUUGGACCUUGGAGUGUCCCCUUACUCAGGAGAUAUAUUUCACGAGACGCCGCUCAUUGUAUAUCUCUUCCAUUUCCUUGUAGACUACGCAGAUAUAGUGUUCAUGAUAACUGAUGCCCUCACUGCUGUAACCCUGUACCUUGCUGUUAAGGAGUACAACAAAUUAAUGUUUAAGAAGCAAAAGCUUUUAUUGGAGCUGAAAAGAUAUUCACAGGAAGGACAUGAACUCCUAAGGGUACCAACUGAGAUGUACUAUGUACCUUUGAAGGUGGCUCUCUUCUACUUGUUGAAUCCAUACACAGUUCUGUCUUGUGUAGCCAAAUCCACGUGUGUAAUUAACAAUGCAGUUAUUGCUCUCUUCAUCCUGGCAACUGUUAAAGGUAGCCGGUUACUAAGUGCUGUAUUUCUGUCUCUGGCAACCUAUCAGUCUCUGUAUCCAGUCACCUUAUUGCCACCGGCAUUGCUCUACUUGCUACAGAAGGAAUUUAUCCCAGUGAAGAUGAGGAGUACAGGCUUCUGGCUGUUCAGCUGCCAGUAUUGCUCUUUUUAUCUGGGUUGUUUGUGUGUGCUGGUCUGCCACUCUUUCUUCUUGCUCAACUCCUGGGAUUUUAUACCUUCUAUAUAUGGCUUUAUACUCUCCGUACCAGACCUGACACCAAAUAUCGGCCUGUUUUGGUAUUUCUUCGCAGAAAUGUUCGAACACUUCAGUCUGUUCUUUGUCUGCGUCUUUCAGAUCAAUAUUUUCUUCUACACCGUACCUCUCACUAUCAAGUUAAAGGAUCAUCCCAUGUUUCUGAUGUUCAUGCAGCUUGCCAUCAUCUCUAUCUUUAAGUCCUACCCCACUGUAGGUGACGUGGCUCUCUAUAUGGCCCUGCUGCCCAUGUGGGCUCACUUGUCCAGAUUUCUGCGGAAUGUCUUCAUCGUGUCCUGCAUGCUGAUAGUGUGCACGCUGCUAUUUCCAGUUCUUUGGCACCUGUGGAUUUAUGCCGGCAGUGCCAACUCAAAUUUUUAUUAUGCCAUUACGCUCUUGUUUAACGUUGGCCAGAUUUUGCUGGUGUCGGAUUAUUUUUAUGCCUUUCUGCGGAGAGAUUACCACCUGCACCAUGGCCUUUACCUCACCAAGAAGGAUGGUACUGAAGCCACCUUAGUCCUGAAGUAACGUUGUGGCCCAUAAAAAUUGCCACGAAAGAAGGGACUCUCUUUGUUAGGCAAGAGAGAGAGAGUAGGUUUUACUAUAAACCAGUCUCUUGAAGAGUCCUGCAUGGAGAUUGAAAAGGACUCUUUUUAUUAUGGUUCCAGGAUCUUUAAAUUGGUUGCACCAUAUAACUGUUGAUCAACACUCCUUACAACAAUGCACACACUGUGCUAGAACGAUCUUAGGAGCAUAAACGUUAAAGGCUCAUUGAGAAGAACUUGGGAAAGUGUUUUUUUGGAAUCCAACUUUCCUCUCCCAUUCUGUUGAACUGUGCCAUUACUGGGCAAUGUGGAAAUCUUCUCGAUGCCACUACACAGUGCAGAAUGUUUUCCAAAAGAAAAUGGAAGUGGAGGCCUGCAGUGUUAGUGGCAACUUUUUAUACAGGGGAUGUUUGUGAGAACUUUAGACAUUCAAGUGACCAGCAGGUGCCUCCCUUCUACCCUCCACCCUGUUUUUGUUUUUUUUGUUUUGUUUUUACCACAAGGUUGGGGCAAAGAUACAUCAGUGCACUGAUCACUCCCUAUCAUCUCUGAGAAGUGUUUUAUUGAAUUAUGACCUGUCUUUUGGAUAAAGCUCUUACAUUGUGCAAUAAUGUAUAUGCACAGCACAUGGACAGACCUUUUUUUAUACUGUGUCUUCAUGGUACGGAUUUUAUAGACUGUUGUGCAUGGAUAAUGCAGACCUGGCCUGUGUAAUAAGCACAGAAUAUAUUGUU